AAGAGGUUGCUGGGAGAGAGAACAGAGAGAGAGGCAAAGAAAGAAAAGGGAGUCAUGAGGCGACCGGGCCCAGCGGCUUUUCUUUAGCUGAGUCCAGCGUGAAUGGGGUCCAGGCAGACUGGGAGAAGCAUGAAAUGGAUACAUGGGAAGAUGAUCCAGCUGACCAGCGUACUUGCCUUAUCUGUGGAGAUCGCGCCACAGGCCUGCACUAUGGCAUCAUCUCCUGUGAGGGCUGCAAGGGCUUCUUCAAGCGCAGCAUCUGCAACAAGCGCGUGUACCGCUGCAGCCGCGACAAGAACUGCGAGAUGUCGCGCAAGCAGCGCAACCGCUGCCAAUACUGCCGCCUGCUCAAGUGUCUGCAGAUGGGGAUGAACCGCAAAGCAAUCAGGGAGGAUGGCAUGCCAGGAGGAAGGAACAAAAGCAUCGGGCCUGUUCAGAUCACAGAGGAGGAGAUAGAGCGGAUUAUGUCGGGGCAGGAGUUCAAGGAGGACGCCCCGGAGCACACCUGGGGCAACAACGGCGACAGCGACCACAGCUCUCCCAGCAACGGAGCCUCGGAGGGCAACCAGCCGUCACCCGCCUCCACUCUGUCAUCCAAUCGCUCUGUGGAAAUGAACGGCUACACGGCAGCCCUCAGGGACCAGUACAUAAACACCUCCAUGUCCACACACUACCAGCUCCUGCCUCACCUGUUUAGCUACGCUGCCCAGUCUGGCCUGCUGGCCCCCCAGCCCCGCAGCAUCUACCCGCAGUCCCACCCACUGGUGCUGCAGCUGGUGGCUGCUGAAGACCUGGCCCCCCUGGCAACCCCUAUGCUCAUAGAAGAUGGGUACAAAGUGACACAGGUGGAGCUCUUUGCUCUGCUGUGUCGCCUGGCAGACGAGCUGCUCUUCCGCCAGAUCUCCUGGAUCAAGAAGCUGCCGUUCUUCUGUGAGCUUUCCAUAGAGGACUACACCUGCCUGCUCAGCUCCACCUGGCAGGAGCUCAUCCUGCUCUCCUGCCUCACCAUAUACAGUGCCCAGAUCUUCGGAGACCUGGCCAACGUCACCGCAAAGUACACGCCGUCGGACGAUGAGCUGCAGGGCUUCAGCGAGGAUGGCAUGGAGGUGAUGGAGAGGUUGAUAUAUCUGUUUCGCAAGUUUCACCAGUUGAAGAUCAGUAACGAGGAGUACGCCUGUAUGAAAGCCAUCAACUUCCUCAACCAAGAUAUCAGAGGGCUGUCCAACAUCUCCCAGCUCGAGCAGCUGAACAAGCGCUACUGGUAUGUGUGUCAGGACUACACUGAAUACAAGUACCCGCACCAGCCCAAACGCUUCCCUGAGAUCAUGAUGUGUCUCCCAGAGAUCCGCUGCAUUGCAGGGAAGCUGGUGAAUGUCCCUCUGGAGCAGCUCCCCCUCUUGUUCAAAGCAGUCUUGCACUCCUGCAAAUCCAGCCUGACCAGCUACAGGACCGGCCCGUCGCCCUGUGUGACCACCUCUUCCGGAAACUAGCACCCGACCGCACCCACCCCUGAGUCGAGGGACUGGUCUCCCCUCUUGUGAAUGUGACAAGCAGCUAGUUUGUUUUUUUGUAACUUUUUUUCUUUAUAUAUUUAUUACAUGACAGAGCUGAAUGUAUGCUGAUUUACACUGUGCACAUGCUUCUGUACAAAACAAAUGCUCGUAGAUGCAUUGGUCUUUGGAGUUUACAAGUGUGUAUCCAGUUUGCUCAAUGUGUCAGUGUUGCUAUUGUUAGAGCUAGACCUUAAUAGAGUUUAUUUUAUUCAGACGGGGGCGGACAGACACAUGACGAGUGUUUCAAGACUACCUCAGGAAGAUGUUGUUGCUAUUUUUAGGUACCUUUUCUUGCUGUUAAAUGAAGAGUUGCCCAGUCUAAAACCAAAUCCCUGUGGAUGCUUUGGCGCCUCAAUCAGAAACUGAACGUUCAAAGGAGCUGCAUAAAUCAAAGAAAAAAUCAGUGUUUUAUUACACUGAAAAUGCAAAAUUUAAAUAGCAAAAUUGAGCUACGUUAUCUUCAUGGACUCCCACUUAUGGGAGGCGGUCUUGUCAAUUUAACAUUCCAUGAGUUAAGGUGGCAGUUGUUGGAUCUUUGGGAUCUUCAUUGAAAAAGGAGCAUACGGGUAUUUUUUACAAUCAUAGACUGGGGAUGUAAGGCUUUAUUGCAGGGGAAGGGGAGGAUAGCUAGGUUUGCUGUUUUUAGUUUUAUUGUUUUUCUUUUUUGACCAAAGUGUUAUGCAAUGCUUUUUUCAAACACCCAUUGAUGGGUCGGAAGCUGAUAGCUCCGCUAGAAAAAAAAACUGUUUCUUAUCAAUGAAGGAUCAGGAUAAGAAAAUGAAUCAAUCUGUGUCAGAGGGGAGAACCCUCUGCUAGACAGACGAGUAUGUUGCUGGAUUUCAUUCUAAAUGCUGCUAAACGUGCGCACGUUCCUGUGCACACACGUAUUCACAGAGCAGAUGUAUUCCCAGUUUUUGUUUUUCCCUCUGCUUCUCGUCAGAUGGCUCGUUUUUUGGGCUCUGCUGCCUUUAGUGCCAGGAACUUGCAUACGUGCAUUGCUCUCAGCACACCAUCACCUACAUUUAAGGUCCACGGUAUUAGCUAUCUUUGGUUAAAGGGGUAGUCCGUGAAAUCUUGGUUAGUAAUAUAUCUUUAUGGGUCAAAAAAAUAUAAGGAAAUUGCUAGAACCAACAUGGAACAGACAACAACUGUAUCCAAGUCUGGACAAGAGCUGAAUGAACCUGAGUCGAUAAAAAGUUUGCUCAGUGUUUGUGGCCUUCAGUUCAUUUAAAGCUGGUGUGGAGCACUAGCUUCUGUUAGCUUAUCCAGCAAAAUGAAAAGUCCUCUGUGCUCUAAUAACAGUUGAGCAAGCCUCGGUUAGCGCCUCGGUCGACUUUCUCCUUUCCUGUACUUAAAUAUGCUAUGUGCUAGGCUAAUCUAUGUUGAAAAUACAUUUGAAGAUUGUUCAAAGAUAAAAGGGACAUAUAGCUAUUGUUAGCUAAAUGUUAGCCAACUGGCUUGACUGACUAGCUAAUUAGUUUUCUGCUAACAUUAGCUAACUAACUUAAGAUGUGACUGCACAUAUGUCACUUUUAUCUUUUAACCAUAUUCAUAAUUACAAAAUGUGCUCGUCUUUUCAACAUAGAUUAGCCUAGCACAUAGCAUAUCUCAGUAUAGGAAGGAAGUUGACUGAGGUUCCAAAUGGGGUCGGUCCAUUCGAAAGUUCCAUUGGGCAGUUUUAGGUCAGUUUUAGAGGAACUUAGACUGUUUUCAGGUCUUGUCAGGUCCAAUCAAAGUUUUGCACAGACCCAAGACCAGUAACAGUUUAAAUCGGACCUAAUCCAGAUCCACGGGGCACUAGAAAGUGUUGACCUGAGACUUGGUUCAGGUGUAGUCCUCAUGGUUUUACUGGGUAUGGUUGGCCCAAGGACCAAAAAAAGAUUUUUUUUUUUUUUAAUUAACUGGCUGACCCAAAAUUUGCAGAUUAACACUUAAACCUGGCUAGCAGUGGAUUCGUAUGACUGGUCCGGCCCUUGUCUUGAUAAAUCCAGGCUAGGUUUAGAGAAUUUAGGUGACUUACCACCAGCUUACAUACCCUCUGUGACAGAUAUGCACAUUGUUUAAAAAAAAUGCCAUAGGAAAUGGUCUUUAUUUUUGAAGUAUGAGAUCAAACCGCUUGAAGUGUCUUCUUGGAUCCCUCAAGUUUUUAGCCAUUUCACGACGUACGAACAAUUUGAAAUGCAGACAAAAUGCAGUCCUCGCAACGACUCUCUUUUUUGCACACGACGGUGAGGUUCGGAGACCUUGACCUCGGCCACUGCCCACCCAGUGUGUUCCUCUCUCUCUCAGGUCCCUGCCGACCUGGAUCUAAACAGGGUAAAGUGAGUGUUAUGUAUUGCAUUCAGAAGUUCCUCAGUGACCAUGCUGAUGUACUUGUAGUAUUAGUAGACGUAGGUUCCAGGACAUCGUAGGUCCUCUGUAGAAAAGUGUUUUGUUUUUCUUUUCCACUUUAUUUCCCUCAAGGCCCUCCCCAUUCAGUGAAAGUUGAUAUAGUUUGAAGGUGAGACACGCAGGGUGAAUUUUGCUCUUGGCAUUGGUGAUGGACAGAGCGAGAGGCAUCUUCAGAAUGUCAAAGCUUCUCUCUCCUGCUCCCAUCCACCUCUCUGUGUGCAGCCUUAACAGCACCACCAGUUCAAUGCAGUGUUCCUCUUUCCCAAUGUUUCAGUUAGCCUCUUUUCAUCUUUUGAUUUUUAUACAUUUUCAUGUACCUUUGUAGUUAUUGUAAAAGUUUUGGGUUACUGUUGUCUUUUUUUUUUUUUUUCUUUUUCUUUUUGGGAGUGAAGACAACCCCUAUCAUUUUAUAAACUUUGAAUGAAUUGUUGACUUUCUUUUUUUUUUUUGGACAUGAUUUUUAAUAACUCUUUCUCUUGUCCACAGUGGUUUAUGAAAAACAAAAGUAUUACUCAGGCGAUGUCAGCCACGUUUUAUAUGGACAAUACUGACAUAUUGGAGCCUUCUAUGUGUUAUUUGAAUCAUUUUACAAUGCAAAUGUGAUGUUUUGGAGUCAUCUGUGGUUCCAAACUUGAAAGAAAUUACACUCAUUUUCUAGCAGCUACAGUGAGUGUGGAGAACAUCGUGUCUCUCCAUUUCGUGAAACGUGCAUCAUUCAUUACGCAGCCUUCUGAGGUUAAAGGGUAAUUUCACCUAAAAUAAAAAGACGUACUACAUAUGCUCACUUACCUCUAGUGCUGUGUAGCCGUUCACAUAGUUUUGGUUUGAUCCAACCAGGGUUUAAGGUAAUCUAAGCAUAUAAAAUCAUAAUUGUUUUGGGGUUUUUUGUGUCAUUUUUGGUGAACUGACCUUUUAAACUACAUAAUCUCAGGGAUAUCUACUUUUAUGUAACAAAAGUCUGAGUGAUGUGAUGCACCAUUAAAAGAAAAAAAAAAACCCUUAAAUCCUUUACCACUGCUGAGAAACAGCUGAGUUUCAUUGCAGAUUUGUCUAAGCAAAAUAUAUAUAUAUAUCUAAAUGUAUAUACGCAAGGGCUUUUCUCUAGAGCUGCCACUUUGCGCUGUUUAACAGUCCCACCUUUCUGAACAUGAACUGUCUUCUAACUGCAGCCGAAGCAGAAGAAAAGUUCAGGGUGGCCGACAACAAAGUCACUUCCUCUCAGAGUAACUCCAGGAAAGCACAGAACAUCACAGACGGCUGAGAUCUGACAGUGUGAAAGGAUCUGACGGGGAUUUUUUCCUUUAAUGUUGCAGUGAACGAUAUGAAUACCGGCCUCUGCUCAUUGGCUCUGAAUCAAACCCUCCCCUCGGCUACCUUACUGCCACCGUUCUGACUUAUCAUCACACGUGCUGAAGAAAGUGUUCUUUUUAUUUCCCGUAUUUGUACUUUUGUUGCAGACAAGGGAUAUGUCAUUUGCGAUUUCUGUACUGAAACUACCUCUUUAUUUGUCAUCAUGUUGCUUACUUUCAAAUAGUUGAUUUUUUUUGUCUUAUUUAUUGGUUUCAUUGCACCAAUGUCCUGUUAUUUUGUGUCUCUUAUUUCACUCAGUGACCUCUCAGAUUUAUGAUACCUGUUUUCUUCCUCUUCUUUUUAAAAAAAAAAACAAAAACUUGUUGCCUCAAAAUCCUCUCUACCUCAGGCUCGCCUGCUGUCGGCCGCUUUAUUCUCUCUGACCUCUGGCUGUGAAGCAUGUUACACAUUAGACACUCUUAAUCUUUCAGGGAUCCUCUUCCUUCUUUUCUCAGUUUCACGUUUGAUUAGUGUCAUCUUUCAUUUCACUUCUAUCCUGUUAUCGUGAAUCCAAUACCAAAGAUGAAAGAAUGUCAAUAUGACAAUGUCAGCGUGCUGAUUAGUGUUCACGUGAUGCGUUCUUGCUGCAGUUAACCAGUGCUUUAUUUUCCUGUGUUGACCUUUUUGGAAUACAUCUUGUUAUCUUGUGAAUGGCUGCUUGCUGUGUACACUAUACUCGCCGCAUCAUGAUAUGCCAGUGUGUUAUGUUUUGUUUUUUUCAUUGUGUUCUGUGGUUGUUCAUUGGUGAGGCAGUUCAAGGUAACACGGAGUGCUAACAAUGGGGCUGCUAUCAUAUCUGACUCUGUCAAUGUAGCUCGCAAUCGAUUAUAAAUCGGCGAACAUAACCGUGGUCAAACUGACAUCUUGUGUUUACACAUUCUCUUUCACUUGUGUGACCCUGACGCUGUGGCACGCGACCACAGACAGCAGCAGACAGACAGGUACAGACAGACA